AUGGAGAAACCCGCGGAGAUCAACCCGACACCGGACCUAGAGGCUAGUCCUCCCCCUCCAGAAAAACGCAACCAGCUAGGAGUCGCCCAACGAUGGAAACAAGAAUUGAGCGUGAAUCACGCCGAUCUUGUCUGUCUACUUCUGUGCUUCCUCACAGGUCUCUGCGACAGCAGUGCUUAUAAUGCCUGGUCUUGUUUCUUGGGAAUGCAAACGGGUAACACCAUUUUCCUUGGCCUCGGUGCCUCAAAUCAGCCCGCAAGUAAACCAUGGGGUUGGCUGAAGUCCCUCGUCUCGAUCGCUUCAUUCUUCAUCGGCGCAAUGAUCUUCUCUAUUUCCAUGCGCACGGUCGGCUCCUUGCGUCGCGGAACCCUAUUCAUUUCCUUCCUCGUGCAAACCAUCCUGAUCAUCAUCGCCGUCGCUCUCAUUCAAGCCGAUCUCAUCCCCCAUUCUACCAGUGAUCAGAGCCUGGAUGGUGGCCCGCUGUUUUUGGAGCUCAUCCCUAUUGGCCUGUUAGCCUUCCAAUCUGCCGGUGGUAUGACCUGCAGUCGAGCACUUGGAUACAAUGAGAUCCCCACUGUGGUUCUGACAAGUGUGUACUUCGAUAUCGCUUCUGAUCCGAAGCUGGUCGGCAAGCCCACUGCCAAUGUGAAGCGUAAUCGCCGCAUUGGAGGUGUGGUGUUUUUGCUCGUGGGUGCCAUUGUGGGUGGCUGGUUGAGUCGUAGCAGUGGUGGUAUGGAGUCUGCACUGUGGUUAACGGCAGGAUUGAAGUUCAUUGCUGCCCUUGGAUGGUUGGUCUGGAAGGCUAAAUGA